CCCUCCCAUCUCCGUCUCCCUCUCUCCCCUCCUUCCCUCUCCUUCCCCCGAUCCCUAAUCCCCAAUCCCAAAUGCUUCGUCUCCGAUUUCAGCUCCACCUUCAAUCCCACGCCCGACCGCGCCGCCGCCGCCGCCGACGUCGACAUGGUCCGCGGCCGCGACGGUGUCUGGUCCGCCCGCCAGCAAAAGGUCGUCGUCCUCUGGGACCUCGACAACAAGCCUCCCCGUGGCCCUCCUUACGAAGCCGCCGUCGCUCUCCGCCGCGUCGCCGGCUUCUUCGGCCACGUUGUCGACGUCUCCGCCUACGCCAACCGCCAUGCCUUCGAUCAUCUUCCCCAGUGGAUUCUCGAUCAGCGGCGCGAGCGCCGCCGCAUGGACAUCCUCGAGCGCAAGGGCCUCUCUGUUCCUUCCGAUCCCUACGUGUGUGGCGUUUGCGGCCGUAAGUGUCGCACUAAUCUCGAGCUCAAGCGCCAUUUCAAGCAGCUCCAUGAGCGGGAGCGGCAGAAGAAGCUCGCGCGAAUGCGGUCGCUGAAGGGGAAAAAGAAGCAGAAGUAUAAGGAGAGGUUUUUGAGUGGGAAUCAUAAGUAUGAGGAGUCGGCGAGGGAGUUGUUGACCCCAAAGACUGGGUAUGGGUUGGCGUCGGAGCUCCGGCGAGCAGGGGUUUUUGUGAGGACUGUGGCAGAUAAACCGCAGGCUGCUGAUGCUGCACUCAAGCGGCAAAUGCAGCAUUCGAUGGCCCGGGGAAUGGAUUGGAUGGUAUUGGUGUCUGAUGAUUCGGAUUUCACUGAUAUGGUGAGGAGGGUGAAGGAGGCUGAUCUCCGGACUGUGGUUGUUGGAGAUGGACGGAGAUCAUUAGGCCGGCAUGCUGAUUUUUGGGUCCCUUGGAUGAGGGUGGAGAAUGGGGAGGUGGAUGAAGAGUCUGUGUUUUCUGGGAGAAAUGCAGUGCUUACUGAUACGAUGGAUGUCGACGAAGAGGAUGAGGAGUUAGAAGAGGGAGAGUUCUUUGUGCAUGAUUCUUCAAAUUGGUAUUAUCAGAGUGGGGAUGAAGACAGCACUCUUUUGGAUAAUGUUGUUGAUGAGCUUUUUGGUCAGAAUUCAGGGAUUGGUGGUGUUAAAAUCUCAGCUUUUUCAGAGGAGGAGAUUGUGGAUGAUGCUGGUGAUGCUUCUUUAAGGAUUGCAUAUGACAGUGAGGAAGAGGAAGAUGUUUUCAUUUGAUGCAGUAAAAAGAUUUGCAUACCAGCUGAUCUAGGGGAUUCAAUGGGCGAUUUGCAAACCUGCAAAUUCAUGAUGCAGUACAUCCUUGUUUGUGACCUUUUUUUAGCUUUCCUAUUGCUAGUUCUUGGAAGGACUCAGCAUAGUGAGAAAUGGCGUGCAACAACUGACUAAAAUGGCCUGACGCAUGAAUGCCAAUAGAGUCAUGCUUCCUUGAUGUACUUGAUUUGGUAUGUUGAUGCCCUGGUAGGAUAAAAGGUGCAAAUGUCUCCACAAAAUCAAUCAGCUUCAAAUUCAAGCUAUCUUAAUGGCACCUUAUUCUGCAGUGGAGAAUCUAAUCUCAAUCUUUUCCUUUUGAUCAUCUCGCCAUGAAUAUUGUGCGUGAUUUUACUUUGAAUCCUAGCCCUAAUUCUUUUCAUUGCUAUUGUUGUAACUUUAGUUUGUUGGUGUAUCAGAUGGAAUUAAAACAACUUUUUUUUUUUCGCGUCUUUUCAGCAUAGAAAAAGGUUGUUAACUUUGGACAUCAGUACCCACAGAGCCUUUGCUGGUUCCAUAUGUAACUAUUCAACUCAUCCUCUGAUCUACUAACCUUUAUUUUA